AUGGCAAUCAACACCGUCCUGCUGUUGAUCGUACUGCAUUCGCUGGUGGCAAUCGCGUCGGCUGAGCAGCAACCGGCAUUGGCGCGGCCGGGGUGCCGCGACCGGUGUGGCAAUAUCACCGUCCCUUACCCCUUCGGCAUCGGCCCCGGCUGCUACCGCGACGACGGCCUGCAGGGCUUCCAGCUCGAGUGCGACGACUCCGGCCCUCCCCCUCCUCGCCUCACCAUCGUCGGCUACAACCACCGCCUCGCCGCGCUUUCCCUGGCGUCAAGCGAGACCCGGGCCUACCUGAACGCGACGCGCGAGUGCUUCAACUCCUCGGGCGGCUUCGUGGAGCGGAACAACAACACCUCCUACAUCCCGAUCCCCUCUGGGGUCAGCUUCUACGAGCCGCACCAGCGCAACUUCCCGCUGGACGACCCCACAUUCGGCACCAACGCCACGACCUGCCACUACGUGUUCCUCGUCGAGACGGAGUGGUUCAGCUACAGCGACCGCGUCUUCCUCAACCGCACCGACGAUUUCGACGUGCCCGUCGUGCUCGACUGGGCCGUCAGGAACGUCGGCAGCUGCAGCGCCGCGAGGCGAAACAUGACAGACUUCGCGUGCCGGAGCGCGGACAGCGAGUGCGUCGACUCCACCAACGGCGCGGGGUACCGGUGCAACUGCUCCAAAGGAUACCAAGGCAACCCGUACCUCGACGGUGGAUGCACAGACAUCGACGAAUGCCAGCUGAAGGACCAACACCCGUGCUACGGACUCUGCAUGAACAUGCCGGGGAGACAUGUAUGCAUAUGCCCUCCGGGCACUAACGGAGAUGCUACCACCAAGAAUGGCUGCCGGCCGAAGGACAAGUUCACCGUAGCUCUGAAAGCCCUUACAGGAAGCGGCGUGGGACUAAUCUUGUUAGGGUCCAUGUUCUGCUGUCUCAGCCUGUGGCUGCAGAAGAGUAAGCUCAUCAGAACAAAGCAGAGGUUCUUCGAGCACAAUGGAGGCAUCAUCCUGCAGCAGCAGAUGCGGUCCUACAGUAGAGCUGCCGGAGAUGCCACCGGCGGGUUCAAGAUAUUCUCUGCCGAAGAGCUCAAGAAGGCCACUAACAACUUCGCCACUGACCAGAUCCUCGGCCGCGGCGGCCACGGCAUCGUCUACAGAGGUGUCCUCGUGGACAGUUCGGUGGUGGCCAUCAAGAAGUCCAAGAUGAUGGAGGAGGCCGAGACCAAGGAGUUCGCCAGGGAGAUGCUCAUCCUCUCCCAGAUCAAUCACCGGAAUGUCGUGAAGCUGCUCGGUUGUUGCCUCGAGGUGGAGGUGCCAAUGUUGGUGUACGAGUAUGUCUCAAAUGGCACCCUCUACCAGUACAUCCAUGGCGGCAAGGGACUUAACGCUGACACGGACUUGGAUACCCGUCUUCGCAUCGCGGCAGAGUCCGCAGAGGCUCUAUCCUACAUGCACUCAUCUGCCUCGCCACCGAUCCUCCACGGCGACGUCAAGACGGCUAACAUCCUACUCGAUGGCAGCCUCACCGCAAAAGUAACGGACUUUGGGGCGUCGAAGCUGGCUCCAAACGAUGAGGCCGAGAUCGCCACGCUAGUGCAGGGCACCUGCGGGUACCUAGACCCUGAAUACCUCAUGACUUGUCAGCUGACCGACAAGAGCGACGUGUACAGCUUUGGAGUCGUGCUGUUGGAGCUGUUGACGAGGAAGAAGGUGCUCUCCUUCGAGGGUCCGGAGCAGGAUAGGAGCCUUGUGUCACGCUUUGUGAUGGCUGUGAAGGCUGGCCAGCAUGACAAGCUUAUGGACGACAAGGUGAGGAAGGAUAUGGGACCUGAGGCAUUGGAAGAGGUCACACACCUUGUGGUGAGGUGUGUCAGCAUGAACGGCGAGGAGCGGCCGGGGAUUAAGGAGGUCGCAGAGAGGCUGGAGGCUCUUAGGAGAUACCAGCGGCACCCACGGGGUCAGGCUGGAGGUGGUGAUUUGGGGGAGGAGGAAGAUCAGGAGAGGAGCUUGCUUGGCGGGAAGCAACAACGUGAUGUCGACUACAAGUUCAGGCCGCAUGAUGUGCUUGAUCUGGAGGAGGGCAGUACAUAUACGUUUAGUUUGUAGGGUGAUUAGUGAUGUGUUGCACCACAACAUCAUGAUGUAUAAAGUUCUUUUUUAAGGCGUUAUU